AUGAGAUCGAAUAUAUAUGUGAUUUUAAGCCAAUGCCUUCUUCUAUCAGUUUGUUUUGCUGAGUUGACUGUUGAAAAAAAAGAGAAAUUUUUAAAUGGCUUUGUUAAUUAUUUAAACAAUUUACCUAAUCGCCAAUACUCAUAUGACGAUGGUGUAAUUUUAAAUGCGCAACAGAUUGAUGAAAACCAUUACAAGAUUGAAGCCAGGUUCAAAGUCACUGCUCUUCACAAGCUUGAUGAUUCUUCCCAAGAAAAAUGUACUGGUAAAAUAGAGGAACAGGGAGAGAAUGAUAUAAGUAUAGGGGAUAAUGCUUACCACUGUGAGAAAUUUGACCAACAAACAAGUAGUGAAACUUUUAAAAAUGAGAACAUUGUAUCUCAAGAACAAAGUAGCACAACACCAGCCCCUGAAUUUAAUCAUCAACCUGUGCAACUUGAUAAUGAAGUUCAAACCAAUACAGCAGCUACGUCAGGGGAACAGUUCAUCGCUGUACCGAGGGAAACACCGGGAGUGCCGUGUGUCGGAUGCUCCUCUCUUGUAAACCCGCAAGCUUCCGGUGUCCACGAGUUGGCCGUGAUGGGCGUUCGUCAUCUCGACAGACACGAGCCAAACGUGAAACACUCAUUGGGUUCCGUCGUCGAAGUAGAGAGGCAAGUUCAGGUAGUCAACGGUGUAAGGUACAUUCUCACAUUAAUUGUUAACUAUAAUAAUUGUAGCAAUGAACCGUCAGAAGAAUGUUCUUUCGUUAAGCCAUGUAAAGUAAGCAUUUUAGAGAAACCGUGGAUGAGAUCAUACGAUGGCUCAAAGUAUAGAGCAAUUGUGGCGAACAAUUGCACGGAUGAAUGGAUUUUCGAUGAUAAUGGCGAGGUCAUAUCUGCCGGGAACAGGGAAAGUAAUGAUGUCGUUAAUCCGUCAAGUAAUGAUCAAGGAAACGACGAUGAAUCGCAAAAACCUAUUCCAGAUUAUGAUAAAAUUGCUAAUACAGGAUCAGUGGAUGACAUACUUAAGGCAAUACAUAAUACUGACUUACAAACCCAACAAUUUACCCAGAAAACUUUAACCGAAGAAGAUAUAAAAAGCUUGGAAGAGCAAAUCAUUUCUUAUAAUAACUUCUUGGACACAUCUACUGUGAAUUACGAUGUUAUUACAUCAACCUCAGACACCGAAAACUCUAAUUCACAUGUUUCUAAAACUGAAACCCAGAAACAUUAUACAUCUAAUUCUAAUUCAUUCACUUUAGAAAAAGACGAAAAAAAAGCGUCAUCUUUAAGCGGAGAAAAGAAGAAAUCACUAGAUGAUUUUCUCAGUUAUUUCGAUUCAGUUGGUUCUUUAGACUUUAAGACGGAGACACGGAAGAGGAAGAGAUCUUCAAAUUUAAAUUUUGUGGGUGGACAAGAAAUAAAAGAUAAAUCUGACCCAAUCUACAAAACAUUAGCUGAAGAAUCCUUACAAAAAUAUCUCGAGACAACAGAUAAUUCUAUUCCGCAUAAAAUAGUGGAAAUCGAAAAGGUAACCACACAAGUUGUUUCAGGUAUAUUGACUAGAAUUUUCUUCAAGAUUAAGCCUACGCAAGGUCCCCGUGAUGAAAUAAGCUGUCUUUCUAAAGUAUGGGAGCAGUCUUGGAUUGGGAAGAAAGACAUAGACGUUUCAUGUAAAAUCGGAGAUGGAAAGUGGAGAAGUAAGAGGGACUUGCCUGGCGGACCGACAGAACAGGAUCCAACUGAUCCAAAAUACAUGAAACUAGCCGAAGAAUCAAUGCAAAAAUAUCUGGAGACGACAGGAAACUUUAAUCCUCACAAAAUCCUUAAGAUUGAAAAAGUUACUACCCAAGUUGUUGCAGGAACUAGGACCAAUAUUUAUUUCAAGAUUUUACCCGUGGAAGGAGCAGGUGACGAAAUCAGCUGUCUUUCUAAAGUAUGGGAGCAGUCUUGGAUUGGGAAGAAAGACAUAGACGUUUCAUGUAAAAUCGGAGAUGGAAAGUGGAGAAGUAAGAGGGACUUGCCUGGCGGACCGAGAGAACAGGAUCCAACUGAUCCAAAAUACAUGAAACUAGCCGAAGAAUCAAUGCAAAAAUACCUGGAGACGACAGGAAACUCUAAUCCUCACAAAAUCCUUAAGAUUGAAAAAGUUACUACCCAAGUUGUUGCAGGAAUGUUGACCAAUAUUUAUUUCAAGAUUUUACCCGUGGAAGGAGCAGGAAUGUUGACCAAUAUUUAUUUCAAGAUUUUACCCGUGGAAGGAGCAGGUGACGAAAUCAGCUGUCUUUCUAAAGUAUGGGAGCAGUCUUGGAUUGGGAAGAAAGAUAUAGACGUUUCAUGUAAAAUCGGAGAUGGAAAGUGGAGAAGUAAGAGAGACUUGCCUGGCGGGCCGAUAGAACAGGAUCCCACUGAUCCAAAAUACAUGAAACUAGCCGAAGAAUCAAUGCAAAAAUAUCUGGAGACGACAGGAAACUCUAAUCCUCACAAAAUCCUUAAGAUUGAAAAAGUUACUACCCAAGUUGUUGCAGGAACUAGGACCAAUAUUUAUUUCAAGAUUUUACCCGUGGAAGGAGCAGGUGACGAAAUCAGCUGUCUUUCUAAAGUAUGGGAGCAGUCUUGGAUUGGGAAGAAAGACAUAGACGUUUCAUGUAAAAUCGGAGAUGGAAAGUGGAGAAGUAAGAGGGACUUGCCUGGCGGACCGAGAGAACAGGAUCCAACUGAUCCAAAAUACAUGAAACUAGCCGAAGAAUCAAUGCAAAAAUACCUGGAGACUACGGGAAACUCUAAUCCUCACAAAAUCCUUAAGAUUGAAAAAGUUACUACCCAAGUUGUUGCAGGAACGUUGACCAAUAUUUAUUUCAAGAUUUUACCCGUGGAAGGAGCAGGUGACGAAAUCAGCUGUCUUUCUAAAGUAUGGGAGCAGUCUUGGAUUGGGAAGAAAGAUAUAGACGUUUCAUGUAAAAUCGGAGAUGGAAAGUGGAGAAGUAAGAGAGACUUGCCUGGCGGGCCGAUAGAACAGGAUCCUACUGAUCCAAAAUACAUGAAACUAGCCGAAGAAUCAAUGCAAAAAUAUCUGGAGACGACAGGAAACUCUAAUCCUCACAAAAUCCUUAAGAUUGAAAAAGUUACUACCCAAGUUGUUGCAGGAACGUUGACCAAUAUUUAUUUCAAGAUUUUACCCGUGGAAGGAGCAGGUGACGAAAUCAGCUGUCUUUCUAAAGUAUGGGAGCAGUCUUGGAUUGGGAAGAAAGACAUAGACGUUUCAUGUAAAAUCGGAGAUGGAAAGUGGAGAAGUAAGAGGGACUUGCCUGGCGGGCCGAUAGAACAGGAUCCAACUGAUCCAAAAUACAUGAAACUAGCCGAAGAAUCAAUGCAAAAAUAUCUGGAGACGACAGGAAACUCUAAUCCUCACAAAAUCCUUAAGAUUGAAAAAGUUACUACCCAAGUUGUUGCAGGAACUAGGACCAAUAUUUAUUUCAAGAUUUUACCCGUGGAAGGAGCAGGUGACGAAAUCAGCUGUCUUUCUAAAGUAUGGGAGCAGUCUUGGAUUGGGAAGAAAGACAUAGACGUUUCAUGUAAAAUCGGAGAUGGAAAGUGGAGAAGUAAGAGGGACUUGCCUGGCGGACCGAGAGAACAGGAUCCAACUGAUCCAAAAUACAUGAAACUAGCCGAAGAAUCAAUGCAAAAAUACUUGGAGACUACGGGAAACUCUAGUCCUCACAAAAUCCUUAAGAUUGAAAAAGUUACUACCCAAGUUGUUGCAGGAACGUUGACCAAUAUUUAUUUCAAGAUUUUACCCGUGGAAGGAGCAGGUGACGAAAUCAGCUGUCUUUCUAAAGUAUGGGAGCAGUCUUGGAUUGGGAAGAAAGACAUAGACGUUUCAUGUAAAAUCGGAGAUGGAAAGUGGAGAAGUAAGAGGGACUUGCCUGGCGGGCCGAUAGAACAGGAUCCAACUGAUCCAAAAUACAUGAAACUAGCCGAAGAAUCAAUGCAAAAAUAUCUGGAGACGACAGGAAACUCUAAUCCUCACAAAAUCAUUAAGAUUGAAAGUUACUACCCAAGUUGUUGCAGGAAACUAGGACCAAUAUUUAUUUCAAGAUUUUACCCGUGGAAGGAGCAGAUUUUACCCGUGGAAGGAGCAGGUGACGAAAUCAGCUGUCUUUCUAAAGUAUGGGAGCAGUCUUGGAUUGGGAAGAAAGACAUAGACGUUUCAUGUAAAAUCGGUGAUGGAAAGUGGAGAAGUAAGAGGGACUUGCCUGGCGGACCGAGAGAACAGGAUCCAACUGAUCCAAAAUACAUGAAACUAGCCGAAGAAUCAAUGCAAAAAUACCUGGAGACUACGGGAAACUCUAGUCCUCACAAAAUCCUUAAGAUUGAAAAAGUUACUACCCAAGUUGUUGCAGGAACGUUGACCAAUAUUUAUUUCAAGAUUUUACCCGUGGAAGGAGCAGACAUACCCAAACGCCAUUGCGUAUCGCACAUUUGGGAAAGGCUUUGGUUGAAAAACGGCAAAGAUAUUGAGGUGACGUGUGAGGACCGUCGCCCACUUGAGGAUAUCGAGCUGGAUUCUGACAACGCGAUGCUAUUGGCCACGGAGGCGUUAAGGCAUAUCGAGGCCAAAUACCCACAUCCUCGAAGACACAAAGUCGUUAGGGUUUUGUCGUUGAACAAACAAGUCGUUGCCGGCGUCCAUUAUCGGAUGAAACUCGAAGUGGGGCCCACCGAUUGUAUGGCGUUGAGCGUGAACCAAAACUGUACACUGGUGGAAGACGCCGGAGCGAGUAAGUUUUGCCGGGUGAACGUUUGGCUUCCAUCCACGUCGGACCAUCCCCCUAACUUCCGUGUCAGUUGCGACCACGAAACAACGCAUGACGAGCUGCACCGGCACGUCCAGGCGCAGCGGCUGUUCUACCACUUCCUGGCCACCUACAAACCACCCUAUCUGGACAACCACGAAGAGAUGAGGAACCGAUUCAAGAUAUUCAAGGACAAUGUACGGAAGAUACACGAGCUCAACACCCACGAAAGGGGCACGGCCACAUACGGCGUCACGAGAUUCGCCGAUUUGACAUACGAAGAGUUCAGCGCCAAAUAUUUGGGCUUGAAGCCGGGCUUGCGCGAUAACAAUCUGAUACCAAUGAAGGAGGCGAAGAUACCUGAUGUGGAACUGCCCGAUAAAUUCGACUGGAGGGAUCGCGGCGCGGUCACGGAAGUGAAGAAUCAAGGCUCUUGCGGAAGCUGCUGGGCGUUUAGCGUCACAGGCAACAUCGAGGGCCAAUGGAAGAUAAAGACUGGCAAUUUGGUGUCGCUUAGCGAGCAGGAGUUGGUCGACUGCGACAAGCUGGACCAGGGCUGCAACGGUGGUCUGCCGGAUAAUGCGUAUAGGGCCAUCGAGCAGCUGGGCGGCCUGGAGACGGAGAGCGACUACCCCUACGAGGGGGAGGACGACAAGUGUACGUUCAACAAGACCAUGUCGAGGGUGAACAUCAGCGGAGCGGUGAACAUCACCAAGAACGAGACGGCAAUGGCCAAGUGGCUGUACAGCAACGGCCCCAUAUCGAUCGGUAUAAACGCGAACGCGAUGCAGUUCUACGUUGGAGGCGUCUCCCACCCGUGGAGGGUACUGUGCAACCCCAACAACCUUGAUCAUGGCGUACUCAUCGUGGGCUUCGGGGAGAAAGACUACCCGCUGUUCCACAAGCGGCUGCCGUACUGGACCAUCAAGAACUCGUGGGGCACGAUGUGGGGCGAGCAGGGCUACUACCGCGCGUACCGGGGCGACGGCACCUGCGGCCUGAACCUGAUGGCCAGCAGUGCGCUGCUC